AUGGACUUUGUGGAUCAAACAAUAAGACCCACUGGCUCUGAGCAAAUGCAUAGCCCUUCUAGUUCUGAAGCUCAGUUGGCAGGUACUCCAAUGCCAGAUUUAUCCAAUAGCAUACAUGUAGCAGACGAGGGUAUCUGUACCAUGGUAACACAAAAUGGUGAACAAGUUGACUCAGUGAACAACCUGAUCCAUCCCGCAAAUUUCGUCGACUUCAUGGACACGUCAAUACAUCCCGGAGACCUGGCUGAUGUAAUUGAUUUUUUAUUUCACCUGGCCAAGCAAGAUGAUCUUGCUCAGUCCGCUGAGCAGUCAGUACAACCCAAUAAUUACCUCACGACUGUACUUACAUCAGGCGGGCUCAUUGAUCGUGAAGCUUCUGACUUUGAAAGAUUGAUGGCAACACAAGCACCUUUACCUACAGAACUACCUUAUACCCCAUGGAUAACCACACCAAACAUGCAACUUACAGAAGAACCCAUCAACUCUACAUCAAACAGUGUGCCGGGGGCACUGCGAAACCCCGGAUCUCCCAUAUUUCCUAUCUUAGAACACCGUAGACCCACGGUCUCCGACAUACUAAUGUAUGGUGGAGCCCGCGGCCGGCGAGUAUUUAAUGGAGGGUUCCCUCCCAGAUAGUUACGAGAAACAGA